AUGUACUUGAUGCGACGAGUCUCUUGGAAACCAAUUCAAUCAUUCCCUGUCAUUCAAUCCCGCACCAUGCGUCUGCCAUACGCCCCUUCCACUCCACCCGCCGAUGCGCCCGCCGACACGGCCGACAUCUAUGCCCGCAUCGCCGAGCGCAGGAAUCCCCGUCCCUUGAUUCCUCUGGACCUUUCCCUGCUCCACAGCCCACCUGUGGCAGAUGGCUGGAACAGCUUCAUCGGCGCCAUUCGCUCGCGCACUUUGGUUGACUCCGGGGUCAUGGAGUUGGCCGUUUGCCGAGUCGCCGUCCUCAAUAAUGCGAUCUACGAGUGGAAUGCUCAUGCGCCAUUGGCACUGAAGGGGGGUGUCAAGCCUGAGCAAUUACAUGCCGCUCGCGUCUUGCCAUCAACUGCGGAGGGCGAUGUCGCGGAAUUGGAAAAGAGCCCACUCACUCCGCAGCAGCGGGCUGUCCUUCGCUACACCGACCAGAUGACUCGCACCAUCACUGUGCAAGAUGAUGUUUUCGCCGAGCUGAAGACGGUUGGAUACGAUGACCGUGAGAUUGUCGAGCUCACAACUGGUAUUGCCGGAUACAACUGCGUGAGCCGAUUCUUGGUUGCGCUGGACGUCGGCGAGAACAACGCCCGUGAAAUGAAGAGUGUGGAGGAGAUUGCUGCUGCUUUAUAG